CACAGUUCAAACAUGGUUUCCAGGCACCUUUAAACUAAAACUGGUGUUAUCUAAAUCCUCCAGUUGUGCGUUUUAAUAUUAGCAAGAUGUUGGUUAGUUAGGACAGGUGAUUUUUGUCUUCUAGUUUUCUUUCGAAGUCUUUUCGAAAAGAUUUCGGUGGCUGUGUGCACAGUUUAUCGGUGGCACCAACACAAGGUCUUCUUUGCCUCAGGCUUUCCCGGGGGUCACGAGCAAAAGUGGCACUGAACGUGCCCUUUUAGGGAAGGCGCUGAACCCCUGACGUAGAGUCGUACCCCAGGCCGCACCAGCUGAGAAUCGUCGGGCGAUUUCAGCGGCUGCAGUAACUUCUUCCGUGUGGCUUGUGUGGAGCAUGGGGACACGGCCAUUCCCUUCCUUCUCAGCCUCCGUGGGAUGCAGACGUGGGGACUGUGACUGUCCCAGCAGCGAGAGCGGGUGCUUGGCUGCAGUCCUUUGCUAAGUGUCACUGCUUUGGUUAUUGUGGCUGCACAAGUUCACUCCAAAACUGGUGGCUUCAAACGGCGGUGCUCAUUUCUUACUGCUCAGGGUCUCAGGUCUCAGGGCCCAGAGUUUGGAACAGCUCGGCUGCGCCCUUGUGCAGCUUGGCCGGCUGGGGCCAGGCCGGGGCUGAGCGUCCCUUCCGGGACAUCCCGGCUCUGGGGCUGGGAAGACGUGGACAGUGGGGCUGCUGGCCUCUCUGUUGUUGCGGUCGCCCCAUGCGUGGCGUCUCCGGGGCGUGUCCCUAAAGGGAGCAGGCCUCUGUGGCACCUGGAAGUCACCUCACCUCUGUCCAGUCGAGGGGCACCUCAGCACCACUUUUUCUUGGGAGGCGCAGAGACCAGCACAGAAACGGUGCCAGUUGGUAACUCAUGUUCAGCCGGUUCCAAGUUUCCUUUGAGUGCUGUUGGAGAGAAAACGAAGUUAAAACUCUGAGAAGCCGGAGGCGGUGCUGCUGUGCUUGCCGUGAGCUUGGGACCCUGCACGAUGUGCCGGGAGGCUGCUGGGUCUGCGGCACCAGGACGUAAACCCUGGAACCGAUGCUUUGGGUCUAAAGCUGCCCGGCUCUGGCCUCCCUGGGCUUUGGCACAGCUGACUAAGCAGAUCCUGGAAACGUUUCUCCCCAUUUUGUGCUUCAGGAGCCGGCAGGGGAGCUGGAGCAGCCCAUCCAGAGCCUAGGCUCAGGCCCGGGGUCCAGGCUGGAGGGAGGCUGCGCGUCCAGGGCCCCGUCCACCCCACCCCGGCUGCUGCGUCUGCGGCCUGCUGUCCACUCGGAUCCGCCUGUUUGGCAUGUCCUCGCUGACCUCCCCCAGCACCGGGCGGCCCCUCCUGGAGUGAUUGAGGAGCGCAGUGGCGGGUGCAGGGGACACCUCCGGCCUGAAGCAGAGACCAGCCGGGCAGAGCCGGCCGAGGGAGCCGAGGCGGUGCAGCAGGCACAGGGCACGGCAGCCCUGGGGGAGAGCCCUGUGCCGGGUCAGAGCCUCAGGGUGUUCAGAGGUGCGGCGGGGCCCUCGGCUUAAAUGGGAGCAGAAAGAAACGUGUCGUUGGGAGGCGCGGAAGAUUUGCUGUGGCUGCUGUUACCUUUCUGCGAUUGGGUGUGCCGUGUGCCACCAGGAGGGUUUGACAGGAGGGUCUGAGAGACCCCGGAGCAGCUGGCUCAGUGGGCAGAGGGCAGAGGAGGAGGCCGCCCCCUUGCCGUCUGCCAGAGGGCAGUGCCGUGGCCAUCAGGGGCCGGUGGGUCGCAGCAAAGUAGGCUGACCUGUCAUGUCGGGCCGAAGGGGCCCUCAGGAAGCUCUUCUCCUGCGGGGGUGGGGAUCUGAGUGGGCCCCGGGUGGAUUUGUGGGGAGCGGCAGGGAGAGCGAUCCUGUGGCUUGGCUGGUCCUGCCUUUGGACUGGGGGCCGGUGGUGCGCGUGCCAUGUGGCCGGCUCAGAUCUGGCUCCUGGGUUCGAAACGCACUGAAGUAGGACCACUCCUGGUGCAGAGCUGCCCCCUGGGGAAGCGCUGGCCCUGCCCCUCCUGUCCAGCCUCAGGGUCCCUGGCUGUGUUGGAAGGGAUGGGUGUCUCUGCUCAGGGUGCGGUGCGGGGAGCCCCGGGUGCUGUCGGUGCCGAGCAUGCCAGGUGCUGAACGCCCUGUGGAUCGAGGGGCGCACACGGGGACCCUGUGCACAGUGGGCGCCUCUCCUGGCCUGGAGCCAGCCCUGGGCGGGGUCGGUGCCUGUGGUCGGGGAGAGUCUGCGACCUCUGGGUCCGCAUGUUCCCGCUGGAGGAGGGCCCCGCCCUGCCCUGUGUCUGCAGACGUGUGCUCAGGGCGGGCUGGCAGUGGUGCCCCCACCCUGCCCCCCAGGUUUGCUGCGGCGCCGCCCUUUGCCCAUUCGCGAGGAUGCUGGCCUUGGGCCUGCGGUUUCAGAGUCACGUUGAGGAAGCCUGUUGAGACCCGCUGAGAGUGUGCAGGCACGUGUUUUUAGGAACGGAGGGCGGGUCCUGCUGUGCUGGUGUCUCCGGCACCUGUGGAAAUCUUCAUGCAGUUUCUUCCUGCAUCUGUCGGCGUGUUUUGCGAACAGGUUUUGUGAAGGCACGAAGCCCUGAAGGACCCUUGGAAAUGGAUCGCUCGUCUUUAAAAUGGAAACGCACCCUUGAGGGUUAGCUCAGAGCCAGCCGCGGCCGGGCCUCCUGAAGCCGGCGUUCCAGAAGCCCAGGGCCUGUCAGCGCGGACAGAGGGCACGGGCCCCAGACCAUGGUCACCCUCAUCACUGAGAAGCUGCAGAACCAGAGCCUGGAUGACCUCGCCCGCAAGAGCUACGACGCCGGCCCGAAGCUGAACACAAGUGGCUGUUUGUCCCCUUUUGAGACCGACGGAGACCGGCACCCCCAGGAGGUCACCGGUGGAGGACAGCCUGUCGGAAGCCAGGCGGCCGCGGGCCCUGCCCCCCCCUUCCCGCCUGGCCCCUGCGGCCCGAGCGCGGUGCGUGCCCGGGACCUCGGGGACGGCGCGGGGCCGGCCUCGGCGCCGCCCACCAAGCGACACUGCCGCUCCCUGUCCGAGCCCGACGAGCUGGCGCGCUGCCGGUCCCCGUGGCGGCCCGGCGGCUCCGGAGUCUGGACUCGGGUCUCCAAGAGGCGGUGCCACAGCGGCGGGAGCGCCUGGCCGCCGGGCCGCGCCCUCCCCGCUGCCGGCCCCGCCACGCCCCCCGCACCCCGGCCGACCUCCGCCUCGGCCAGCAGCGGCCUCCUGGCCUGUGGCCCCGCCGGGCCACCCGGGGGGCCCCGCGCGCCCUCCCAGCGCCGCCGCCUGUCCCUGUCGCAGGAGCGCCUGGCGCCGCCCUCGGCCGGCAGCACGCCUGCGUCCACGCCCGUGUCCACACCCGUGUCCACGCCCGAGCUGGGCCGCCGCCGGGGCCUGCUCCGCUGCCACUCCCAGCCGUGCGUGCGCGCGGGCGGCCAGGGCCAGCGGAAGCGCAGGCGCGAGGAGGACGCCCGCUGGCCACGCCCGGCCCUGGACUUCCUGAAAAUGACCCGGACGAUAAAAAAUUCCAAAAGCCUUUGCUCCCUCGAGUAUGAAGACGAGGAGGAGGAUGACGCCCGCGCGACGGUGGCCGUGUCCUCCUCGUGGGACCCCCGCGGCCCCGCGGGCAUUGCCGCGCCCAGCCCGGGGCCCGGGCGGGGGUGGGCGGCCGGCGAGGGCGAGGGCGGGCGUGGCGGGGACCCCAGGGACUGGGACCGCGCAGGGGAGGAGGGCGUCUUCCGGCGGGGCCGCGGCGAGCUGGACCUGGAGCAGAUCGAGAACAACUGACGGGCGGGCAGGGGAGGGGAUGAGGCGGGCGCCCCGGCUCUCUCCCGCGCACGCGCCGCUGUGAACACGAGGUGUGACGUUGAUUCAGCCUUUCCUAAAGAAGUAUUCUGCGUCUUUAUGGCGUUUACAGUUCCGAGAGAGCGUCUCUGUUUUGAGGUGAACUUUCAGGAGGGCGUUCGGCGAGCAGCGUCUGUGCACAGGCCCCGGCGCAGCGUGCACCCGGGCGCGAGGCCGGCCCCUCCGCGGACGCGGUCACGCGAGCUGGGCUCUUCGGAGCAGGGCCGCGUCACCCAGGACGUGGCACGGGCGGUGGGGACGCGGCCCCGGCAGCCCUGCUCUGUCACGUCAAUAAAAGGCAUCUCUUUG